ACAAUAUGGCCGAGUUGCUGCUCGACACCAAUAUUCGGUUCUGGGUGGUUUUGCCGAUUGUAUGUAUUACAUUUUUUGUCGGUAUCAUUCGUCAUUAUGUAAGCAUUUUGUUGCAGUCUGAUAAGAAGAUCGAUCUACAACAAGUUUCUGACGGCCAAGCCCUAAUGAGAAGUCGUCUUUUGAGAGAAAAUGGAAAAUAUCUUCCAAAAGAUUCAUUUGUCAUGAGAAAACAUUUCUUCAAUGAUGAGGAAAAGGGAUUCUUCAAAACACAGAAGAGACAAGGACAGGUAAAGAACCCUAUGACAGAUCCUUCAAUGAUGACAGAUAUGCUGAAGGGCAAUGUCACUAAUAUAUUACCUAUGAUAAUGAUUGGUGGCUGGAUUAACUGGACAUUUUCAGGUUUUAUUACCACUAAAGUUCCAUUUCCACUGACAAUUCGAUUCAAGCCUAUGCUUCAACGUGGUAUUGAAUUAGCCUCAUUAGAUGCUUCAUGGGUUAGUUCAGCUAGCUGGUAUUUUCUUAAUGUGUUUGGACUCAGAAGUAUGUACACACUCAUCCUUGGAGAAAAUAAUGCUGCUGAUCAAGCUCGUAUUAUGCAGGAGCAGAUGUCUGGUUCUGCCAUGGCUAUGCCUCCAGAUCCUUCUAAAGCUUUUAAGGCUGAAUGGGAAGCCUUGCAGAUUACUGAGCACAAUUGGUCAUUGCAGAGCAUAGAAGAGGAGUUGCUUUCAAACACAGUUGCUCCUGAAGAUAUCUAUGUUAAAGAUAAAUUUGUUUAAUGCAAGAAAACAAAUAAAUGUUCAAAUCUACU